AUGAAGAUGUUUAUGUGUUCUAAAGCUGGUUUUAAGGUUAAGGCAAAUGCUGGUGUUAGGGCAUAUUCAAAAAUUGACAUAAGGACAGGGUGUGGUGCAUGUGUUCAGUUUGACGUGGGUGAGGAUGGGUUGUGGACGGUUACAAAACAUGUCAAAGUGCACAACCACGAGUUAUGUGCUGUAGACAAGAGUCAUCUUCUCCGUUCACAUAGAAAUGUGGGUGAUAAUCAGCUGUUAUAUUUAAAAGAUUUGAAGAAGAGUGGUGUUGCAAUGACAGAUGGUAUUAGGUUUUUGAAACAUCAAGCAGGGGGGUCUCCAUUAAUUGGUUUCACUAAUCGAGAUGCUUAUAAUUCGAUUGCUUCCGAUACAUCAAAGCGUUUGGAUGGAACAGAUUCGAACUCAUUAAUUGAAAUAUUUAGGAAGAGGCAAUCGACUGAGUCUGAUUUUUUCUUCGAUUUUGAAGUUGAUUGCGAUUCAAGACUGUGCAGUUGGUGA